AAAAUUCAGAUAUUGAUGAUAAUUUGGAGUGGGAAAAUGAAGAAGAAAUCAUAUGGGAAGACGAUGAGUUGGAUGAAAAGGCUGAAACUUUUGUUAAAGUUUUAUUAAAUAGAAUGAAAAACUAUGUGCCUUCUUUCCAAUAA